AGGAGGAGUUCACUAUCAGCAGCAGAGGGUAGCAAACCGUGCCACGUAGGCACAAACCCCCUUCUCCUACCUCAUCCUGAUAUCCCCAAAGCAACCACCGGACGAACACCAGAGCAAGCAGAAGCAGCAGCAGCAGCCGCCGCCGCCGGCCACGCGUCACCGCGCCUGAACCCCCCUCGCCGGCGAUGGCAUUCGCCGCCACCACCGCCUGCAGGCCGUCCCUUCUCAUGUCCCCUCGCCGGGCGUCGCCGCCGCCGCCGCGGGCGCUCCUCUGCAGGCCCUCCACCGCCUCCGCCGCUCUCCGCGCCGCGCCGGCGGCAGCGGCACUGUCGAACGCGCCUCCGCGCCGCCUUCGCGCGGGGAGGAUCGUCUGCGGCAAGGUGACGACUACGACGAACCUCUGUAUUAGUCGCAGGAGCGCCAGCGCCUCCGCGCUGCUGGCGUGGGCGGCGGCGGCGAUGACGAGUGGCCUGGGCUCGCCGCCACGCGUGGCGCGGGCGGCUGAUGACGAUUCUCCCCCGUCGGUGGCGGUGCAGGUGAGCAAGGGCAGCCCGGCGCCGAACUUCUCCCUGAAAGAUCAGGACGGGAAGACGGUGUCCCUGUCCAAGUUCAAGGGCAAGCCGGUCGUCGUCUACUUCUACCCCGCCGACGAGACCCCCGGCUGCACCAAGCAGGCCUGUGCCUUCCGCGACUCGUACGAGAAGUUCAAGAAGGCCGGCGCCGAGGUCAUCGGCAUCAGCGGCGACGACUCCGCCUCCCACAAGGAGUUCAAGAAGAAGUACAAGCUGCCGUUCACGCUGCUGAGCGACGAGGGGAACAGGGUGAGGAAGGAGUGGGGGGUGCCGGCGGACCUGUUCGGGACGCUGCCGGGGAGGCAGACGUACGUGCUCGACAAGAGCGGCGUCGUGCAGUACAUCUACAACAACCAGUUCCAGCCGGAGAAGCACAUCGGCGAGACCCUCAAGAUCCUCCAGACCCUCUGAUUCUUUCUUCUUCUUCUUCAAUUCUACUAUCUCGACACACACACAUGCUAUGUAUCUAGUGCAUCUGUAUCACUCUUAUUGUGUAUAUACAGUCAAAAUCUGUGGCGGCUACGUACUCGAUCCUAGCUAGAUCUGGAAUUAAAGUCCCAGGUCUUUCGCACCAAAGAUUCUGAAUUUUUAUGGGGGCAUGUUUUCUCAACUGCUAAAGCAUUUUGUAAAACUUUAUUACUCUUAUAGAGUAAACUUUUAACUUUAUAGUGGAUGAUAUAGUUAUUUAUAUACUCA